AUGGGUUCACCACUACAUGAGCUGGCCAGAUAUUUAGCAGGUAUCCUUAAACCACUUGCCGGCAGAUUACCCACACACAUCCAAGAUUCGUACGACUUUGCCAAAAAAGUAGCUGGGUUUCAGAUAGAGCCAGACGAAGUCCUGGCUAGUUUUGACGUCAGUUCGAUGUAUACCAACGUCCCUAAACCGGACGCUGUGGAAGUAGCGAGAAGACUUUUACUGGCAGACGCAACGCUGCAAGAACGAACGCAACUCUCCGUAGACGAGAUAGUUGAAGGCAUAAAAAUGCAACUACGCCGCCUACGGAUGGAGCAUACUUCUGUUAGUGGAGAUGAAGUAGAAGAAACUGCAACGCAUUUUGAGGAGGAUUUACCGAAAUCCCUCGACUCGGUCGCCAAAAACAUCGCGGAGUUCCAUUAUGACCCUGAUGUUGGUCUGACCUUUGAUUCGUGGUUCAGACGUUACGAAGAUAUUUUCAACGGCAAACGGAAGCACAAAGAUGGUGCCUGGAGAAUGCGCAUAUUGUUCAGAAAGCUUGGUACAACGGAACACACACGGUAUUCCGACUUCAUCUUGCCAAAGAACACGCGAGAUCCCAGUUUUGACAAAACCGUGCUGCAACUUUCAGUGAUUUUCGGUGGACGUUCGUCCUUGUUUAAUAUUUGCUACCAAUGUAUAAGACUGGCGAAAAAGGAAUCCGAAGACUACAUCACUUAUGCCGGUAGAGUCAACCUUGAAUGCGAACAAUUCAAGUUAUCUACCAUGACGGAAGACCAGUUCAAGUGUCUUAUUUCCAUCUGUGGUCUUCAGUCACAUUCGGACAGUGAUAUCAGGGCGUGA